AUGGUGGUGGUGACGGUCGACAAUGAUGGAGGAGGUAGUUUGUGGCCGACGUCGUGGAGGUGGUGGUGGUGGUGGUGGGCAAUGGUAGUGGUAGUUGAUGUUAGAGAUGGUGGUGGUGGUGGUGGUAGACGGUGGUGGUCGGUGGCCGGCGAUGGUCGUGGAGGAUGUGGAGAUGUGGUGUUGGUGAUGGGCGGUGGUAGUCGGUGGCCAACGGUGGUUGUGAAGGUAGAGGCAAUGGUUGUUGGUGGACGACAGUGGUUUGUGGAUGACGUAAAGAUGGUGGAUAGCGGUGGUGGUGGCAGUCGAUAA